AUGCAUCUUUCCAACCAUGCCUCAUCACUUCUGCAUUACUAUUCACAUCUCAUCAUAAUUGCAUACUUUUCUGUAUUUGCUUCAAUCGAAAUACAAGAAAUUCCAUCAUAUCCAGCAUGUAGCAAUGGCGAAUCACCUGUCUUUUUACUCCAACACAAUGCUACAGCAGGUAAUGUUCUGAAGCGAGCUUCAACUUCACAUCUGGUCGACUGCACUGACCUUUGUUCAGCUAACGAUGAAUGUUUGGCGAUAACCUAUGAAGAUAAAGAAUGCAAAAUGUUGUCAAGCAUUGGAGAAUCGACAGGACAUUUAAAUGAUUAUGUAUUGCUGAGUAAAAAUUGUGCUAAAAGUGCGCGGAUCUGCUCAUCGCCAUUUCAAUUCGAUGUACACAGACAAAAAAUUUUGGUUGGGUUUGCUCGCGAGGUUGUGUCAGCUGAUUCAUUAUCGUUAUGUCUAUCAGCUUGCUUGAAUGCAUUUGAUUCUUUCGGUUUUGAAUGUGAGUCGGUAAUGUACUAUCCAGUUGAUUCAGAAUGCAUCCUAAACACCGAAGAUCGUCUGGAUCGACCUGACUUGUUUGUGGAUGAAUUAGAUGAUAACGUCAUUUAUCUGGAUAACAACUGUGCUGGAUCACAGUGUUAUGCUCCAUACAUAACACAAUACAUUGCCGUCGCAAAUCGUCAGCUAGCUAACGAGUUGGACAGACAACUGAUCGCUGAUCGUGAAUCAUGCGAGUCGUUAUGUACUCAGCGACUGUCUACAACGACAAACGAUUUCAACUGUAAAUCAUUUAUGCAUAAUCCGGAAACUAACGUUUGCAUACUUUCUGAUGAACGUUCUAAACCACUUGGUCGAGGCAAUCUAGUGAAAGCUGACGGUUUCACAUAUUAUGAGAAGAAAUGUUUUGCAUCACCACGAACAUGUCGCAAUGUACCGUCGUUUGAGCGCAUACCUCAGAUGAUACUUGUUGGUUUUGCUGCAUUUGUUAUGGAAAAUGUACCUUCAGUAACGAUGUGCCUCGAUCAGUGCACAAAUCCUCCACCGGAAACUGGAGAAAAUUUCGAAUGCAAAUCUGUGAUGUAUUAUUAUAACGAACAGGAAUGUAUUUUAAACGCUGAAACACGAGAAAAUAAAUCGGAAUUGUUUAUACCGGAGGGAGAAGAAUUCCAAGUCGAUUAUUUUGAUAUCACUUGUCAUCUGCGCCCUGAAACAUGUCCAAAUGGCACAACAUUACAUACUGUACGUACGGUUAAUGCAGCACUCCCUGAAGGCGAAGGAUCGAUCCAUAUUUUGCAGUCAGCCGGGAAUUCGGUUGCUGAUUGCAUGACAAAAUGUUACGAGAUGGCUCCCGAGAAAUGUCGCGCAUUCAAUUUUGAUAAGCAGACAUCUGACUGUGACCUGCUGUACGUUGAUGGGAAGACAACCUUACGACCAGCAGUCCACUCGGGCAUUGAUCUCUACGACCUUCAUUGCCUAGAGCAGACAAAAGUUUGCGCUCAGAAAAACAACGUAACACGAUUUUCGAGAUAUUUGUACAGUAUAUAUGAUGCAGUGCCAUCGCAAUUCUACGAAGCAACUGCCCUCACAAAUUGUCUUAAUCUUUGCGCAUAUACCGAGCGUUGCGAAGGUGUAAAUUACAACAGAAGGAAUGGUCGUUGUGAAUUAUUUGAUAAGGUCGAAGGAAAUGGAAAGCCAAGUGAUUUCACGGAUUUUUACAAAAAUCUUUGUCUGGUGGAAGAAGUAGAAUCAGAAUAUAGCGCCGCAGCUAAUGUUCCCAAACAUCUCCUUCCGAAUGUUUCACAUUCUGCAGUUACUCAGAAACAAGAAGCUAAAUUACACAUUAUCUCAGCAAAAACAAAGCCUUUCCUACGCGAACAGGAAGCACAGCGACGAGCUCCAGAAACAAUAACAGCGAAGUCGUCUUCAGCUUCCGGAAAAGUAAGUGGUGAAGCAGGAUCAUCAACUACAUUCAGCAUUUCUUCAUCCGGAAGGCUUCCAGGGCCAGUAGUACAAAUUGCUCCAGAUGCAGUGCAAACAGUUUGCAAUUAUGAAGGCAUCAAAGUGCAGGUGAGAAACACAGAAGCAUUUUCGGGAGUGAUAUUUGUUAAAAAUAGGUAUGAAACCUGUCGAGUAGAGGUUACGGAUAGUGAAAGUGCAACACUAGUAAUUGGUUUACCACCGAAUUUUGGUUCAAAAAUGGUAGCUGAUGAAAAGGUUGCCGCAAGCGAAGCAAAUAUUCAACCAGAAAUAUCCGGAGGCGACAAACUGGAUAAACCCGCUGAUGAACUGCGCAUAAGACGACAAGCUUUAGAGCUACACAGAGAUUGCGGAAUCCAGGAUAUGAACAAUGGUACUUAUAAAUCAACGGUGGUUGUACAAACAAAUAACUUGGGUAUACCUGGACUGGUAACUUCCAUGGAUCAGAUUUUUGAAGUGAGCUGUGAUUAUAGUUCAAUGCUUGGUGGAAAAGUUACUGCUGGUGCCAAUCUCACAAUUGAUGGUCCCGAAGCAUCUCUUAUUCAACCCCGAGGAAAAAUCGAACUUGGUAACCCGGUGCUUAUGCAGAUGUUGAGUGGACAAGGAGAACCUGUCCUACAAGCAAAACUAGGUGACAUUCUGCAGCUACGAUGGGAAAUAAUGAGUAUGGAUGAAGAACUUGACUUCUUCGUUCGAGAUUGUUUCGCUGAGCCCGGGACUGCUACUCUGAAUGCGGAAGAAAAUUUACAGCUCAUUGCGAAUGGUUGUCCAACGCCAGCUGUAUCACAGAAAAUAAUGCCUGAUCCGAUAGAAGUGAUGUCCUCUUCAGUAAAGAUAGCACAUUUGCAAGCAUUUCGAUUCGAUUCUUCCAGUGUAGUCAGAAUAACAUGUCAUUUGGAUAUCUGUGUAAAGAGUUGUAAAGAGGUGAUGUGUCAACUAGGCAAAGAACAAAAACAAUCAUGGGGACGAAAGAAGCGCAGUACAGCUAAUUCAGUUGCUGACUAUGAAACGGAAAGGUAUAGAAUUCCGAAACGGGCUCAAGCCACAACAUCCGUGGUCGUGAUAGAUCCUCUUCAACAAGUUGUUGAACCAGCAGCCCUUGCACGAUCACAAACUUUUGACCUUGUGCAAGAAGAACCGGAGAUGACGAUAACCACCUCAUCAGGACAACUAUGCAUGGCUAAAAUAUCAUUAUUUGGUAUAUUUGGUCUUCUUUUUAUUAUCACAGCUGUACAGGCUGUUGUUGUUGCUCAUUAUGUAUUUCAAAGGUUAACAGGAAACUACAAAAAAAAAUACUAG